AUGGAAAAGGAAAACCAAACCAGUGUCACUGAAUUUCUCCUCCUGGGCUUCUCAGCUUGGCCAGAACAGCAGGCACUUCUUUUUACACUUUUCCUGUGUCUGUACUUAGCAGGGCUGUUUGGAAACUCACUCAUCUUGCUGGCCAUUGGCUCAGACCUUCGCCUUCAUACACCCAUGUAUUUCUUCCUUGCCAAUCUGUCCGUGGUAGACAUCUGCCUUCCUUCAGCUACAGUUCCCAAGAUGCUAUUCAACAUCCAAACACAGACUCGGUCCAUCUCCUACUCUGGCUGCCUGGUUCAGGUGUAUUUCUGUGUGAUGUUUGCCAACAUGGACAACUUCCUUCUCACAGUGAUGGCAUAUGACCGUUACGUAGCCAUCUGUCACCCUUUGCAUUACUCCACCAUUAUGACCCAGCGUCGCUGUGCCUCUCUGGUGGCUGUUCCUUGGGUCACUGCCAUUUUGAACCCGCUCUUGCACACCCUUUUGAUGGCCCGUCUGCACUUCUGCUCUGACAACGUCAUCCACCAUUUCUUCUGCGACAUCAACUCUCUCCUCCCUUUAUCCUGUUCUGACACGAGUCUUAAUCAGCUCAUGGUUCUGACUGUGGUAGGGCUGAUAUUUGUGGUACCUUCAGGCUGUAUCCUGGCAUCAUACUGCCUCAUCAUCUCUGCUGUGAUGAAAAUCCCUUCUAAGCAAGGAAAACUCAAGGCUUUCUCCACCUGUGGCUCUCACCUUGCCUUGGUCAUUCUCUUCUACGGAGCAAUCAUAGGAAUCUAUAUGAGUCCCACAUCCAGCCAUUCUACCGACAAAGACUCGGCUGCAUCUGUGAUUUUCAUGAUUGUCGCCCCUGCGUUGAAUCCCUUCAUUUAUAGCCUAAGGAACAAUGACCUGAAAGGGGCUUUAAAGAAGGUUCUGUGCCAGAGCACUGUCUGAAAGUUCAACAAGAGG